AAAUUCCGCUUCUAAUGAUUGUCUAUCGAUCAACUAGAACCUAAGUAUAUAUAUCUCUGUUGGUCUCUUCAUUUGGUCAUUCAUUAAUCCUCAGAAAUUUGAACAAUUUUUUGAACUUUCCACGCUUGGGAAUCAACUAGAACUAGCAGGAUGCAGAAGCUCAGCAUCAAUCAUAGCAAAUCGAUGCAAAUGAGAAGCUUCACAAAUGAGUUAUUCAACGACUACAGAUACCCUGCUGGCGUUAGCAAUAGGUAUAGCAGCAGCAGCAGAAACAGAAACUCUGUUUUAUCCGGAUUCUCCAAAUCUUAUUAUAAUAAGAAGAAAAUCAUAUCUUCAGCAUCAAUCAUCCAAGCGCGCCUCUCUUUCUCCUCCGCAUCUACUUAUCCUUGUUCCUGCCGAAUCUCUUCUUCAUCAUCAUCAGGUUUAGUUUCAGUAUCAGCUAGUUCAAUAAUGGCAGAAGAGAAGAAUACUUGUGAUGAGGUUAUAUUUGAUUCAGAAACUGCUUCAACGCUAGUUAAGGAUCUGAGGAAGAAUUUUUUAAGUGGAAAGACUAAAAGUUAUGAGUGGAGAGUUGAACAAUUGAAAAGUAUGCUCAAAAUGAUUGAUGAAAAUGAACAAGAGAUUCUUGAUUCUCUUCGGAUUGAUCUGUCUAAACCUCAACUCGAAGCCUUCGUUUCCGAGGUUUCAUUGACAAAGUCGGCUUGUACCGUGGCACUAAAGGAAUUGAAGAAAUGGAUGAAGCCAGAGAAGGUUGGAACUUCGUUGACUACUUUUCCUUCCUCGGCAGAAAUUGUUUCCGAACCACUUGGAGUGAUACUGAUCAUUUCAGCUUGGAACUAUCCUUUCUUGUUAUCUCUUGAUCCUGUCAUCGGAGCCAUAGCAGCUGGCAAUUCUAUGGUUCUAAAACCAUCAGAAAUUUCACCAGCAACUUCCUCGUUACUUAAGAGGUAUGCAGAGAAAUACCUUGACAGCUCUGCAAUCAGAGUUAUUGAGGGUGCUGUACCUGAAACUUCUGCACUAUUGGAACAGAAGUGGGACAAAAUAUUAUAUACAGGAAAUGGAAGAGUGGGACGUAUAGUAAUGGCCGCUGCUGCGAAACACCUUACUCCUGUAGUUUUAGAGCUCGGUGGGAAAUCUCCUGUCAUUGUUGAUUCAAACAUCGAUUUGAAAGUUGCUACAAGGAGAAUUGCUGCAGGAAAGUGGGGAUGCAAUAACGGCCAAGCAUGCAUUGCUCCUGAUUACAUCAUAACCACAAAGUCUUUUGCUCCCAAGUUGAUAGAUGCUUUUAAGUGCACACUGGAGGAAUUUUUUGGGGAAAAUCAACUGGAAUCAAAAGACAUAUCCCGCAUCGUGAACUCAAACCACUUUGCACGCUUAGAAAAGUUCUUGGAUGAAGAUAAAGUUGCCGAUAAGAUUGUUCUUGGAGGCAAACGAGAUAAGACCAACUUAAAAAUUGCUCCGACCAUCUUGCUGGAUGUUCCUGAAGAUUCAUUGAUCAUGAACGAGGAAAUUUUUGGGCCUUUACUUCCCAUUGUCACGGUUGACAAAGUGGAAGAUAGCUUUGAUAUAAUAAGGUCAAGAUCAAAGCCUCUUGCAGCAUAUCUCUUCACCAAUGACAAGAAGCUCGAAAAGGAGUUUGUCAGCUCUAUAUCUGCUGGAGGGAUGCUCAUCAAUGACACCACUCUCCAUCUGACAGUUCACACAUUACCUUUUGGAGGAGUAGGAGAGAGUGGAACUGGUGCUUACCAUGGAAAGUUCUCAUUUGAUACUUUUAGCCACAAGAAGGGAGUCUUGUACCGUGGUUUCCAAGGGGAUGCAUCAGCUAGGUACCCACCAUACACACCUCGAAAGCAAAGAUUAUUAAGGGCCUUGCUAAACGGUGAUAUAUUUGGUGUGAUUCUUGCAUUAAUUGGGUGGUCAAAGUCUUGAUGGAUCCAUCUAUUGUUCCAAACUACGCUUUCCCCUUCCUUUUCUGUAGAUAACAUUUGUAUAAGAUUAUUGCUUGCAAGUAUGUGUUGAAUGUAGCUUUGUUUUGAAAUUACGAAUGAUAUGAAUUCAUCCAAUUAUUAGGCGUCAUGUGUGCAUACAAAUGUAAGUUAUAUUUGAAUAAUCUAAUAGUAACUUUGUGAUCAUACAAUGAGUUUUGGUUUUCCGAGUCUUGUAACAGAUUAUUGAUCAAGGAAUACAGAAGAGUUAUUUAUUA